CUUUGUUCAGACCACGCAUUGAGAAAUGGCGCUCACUAACAGAAAAUAUGCAGCCUUGCCUGAUUUGGAUUCUGCCCCAGACGUCUACGAAACUCCUGAAUUAACAGACGACAACUCCACAGCCCCCACGGAUAGAGGUUAUCCGCAAUCAUCGUCCUCCUCUUACAAAGACUUCGACGAAGAGGAGGAUGACUCUCCUGGCAUAUCUCGUUCCCGUCUGCGUCCCGAUGAUGCCCGCGAUGUCUUCUCCCCCGCACAAAUCGAUGCCCGAGAUGUGGAUUUUUCAGACCGAGUCACUGCGAAGAGGAAAUCAUAUAAAGCUUCUACGCGCCGACAGCGAAAACGAGACGAUGGCACGGAGGAGUUCGGUGAUUUCAGCGACGAGGAAGAUGGGGAGAGCUUGGAGAGGAAGCUUGCUAGAUUAAAGAGAGAGAUCGAGGAGGUCAAAGAGGAAUAUGGGAGGAGAAAUGCCGAGAAGAAAGAUGUUGUGGGUGAGAAGGAAGAGGUGGACGAGCAGGAUAUUACAACUUUAACUAGGACGCUGGAUGAAAUAUCUGCUUUACAGGGAAAGGCCACAAGUGCAGGCGGGAAAUUGGCAAAGGAUAUUGGGACUGGAAUCAAGGCAAAUGGACCUCCGCAGACUUUACAAGCGCCUGAGGAGCCAGCCACUUACACGGUGACAUACGCACCAAUCUAUCAACAAAGCCAUGCUCUGGCUAAGGCUGCGGAUUUUGACGGGCGGCUAGCAAUGUUAGAGAAAGCUCUCGGGUUAAAUUCAACUGUGCUACCAACUAUCAAUGGAACGGGAGCGCCGAAAGCCCUUCUACCUACUCUCGACAUUCUUCAACGUCAAAUCUCACUCCUGUCCAACUCGACUCCAUCAUCUUUGGAGGGCAUAAGUCGAAGGGUGCGCACCCUUAUCCAAGAAGCCGAGCGACUUGAAGAAUCUCGGAAAUCUGCCAAAGCAGCUAGAGAUGCCUUGAAAGCAGCCGGUGGGGACAUUGUCGCGGAAGAGGGCGAGGAUUCCGAACAGGUCGCAAAAAUCAACGCAUUGUACGGGACUCUCUCAACAAUUGAGAAUUUGGCCCCUCUUCUACCUUCUUUGCUUGAUCGAUUACGUUCUUUAAGGGCGAUCCACGCUGAUGCCGCCACGGCAAGUCAGAGCUUGGAGAGAGCCGAGAAGAAGCAGGCUGAUAUGGCUGAUGAUAUCAAGAAAUGGAGGGAAGGCUUGGAAAGAGUGGAAGAGGCUAUGAAACAGGGAGAGACGGUAAUGGGUGGUAAUAUGAAAGUUGUUGAAGGGUGGGUCAAAGAGCUUGAGGCCAGGAUGGAGAAGUUGUAAUGAUAGCUUCGUCAUACUGUGUUUAUGUACUUGAUACCCCACUUGAAGAACACUCGUACAUCCCGCUGCGGGAAUUUUAAGGAGUCUGUUCUAUGUCUAUUAUAUUGAACUUAAGUGAAGA